UAAAUUGUAAUUUAACGAUUUCUAUCGUCGCCGGACAACUGUAUAUAUGCGUCGGCAAAAUGUUUCACAGUCGUUAUUUUAAAAAUAGUACUCUGAUUCUGUAUAAAGAACGACGAAGAAAGUCCUUGAAAAUCCUCUAUUUCCUGAUUUAGUUUUGCGAGUGUCAAUGCCGCGGCUUGAUUAAAAUCUCGCGGCAUAAAUCAGCCGAGCCGACACCGAUAGUUUUAACUUGUAUUGAUGUUCGUUCCAAUGGAAGGCGUCUCCCAAUCCUUAAAAAAAAUUAAUCAGCCUGGAAAAAUUUCCUCAAUUUUCCAAAGUUAACCGUCAUGUUUUUUCUUGUAAACACGUGGUGCUGAGUCAACUGCAAAAGAGUCAUCCGAGUUGUCAGAACCAUUCAUCGCCGUCACGUGUUUUAUCUUGUAAACACGAAGUAGCUUCCCCCUUCCCCACUGGGUCAACCUAGCACAGGAAAAGGAGGUUCUGCCUAUCAAGUGCCUGCAAUAAACCAAAACCAAAGAAAAGCUAUGCGAUUCUUCUUCAAAAUGGCGGCGGCUGUUCCGCUAGUUUUAACCGUCGGAAAAAAAACGUAUACAUGGUUUGGUUACACUUCGGAACCCCAAAAAAAGCGGCCGACGUGGGUCGAGUUUUACCGGGAUAUGGCAUUCUGUGUCUCCAUGAGGUCGAAAGACCCAAACCUGCAAGUGGGAUGCGUUAUUGUACAUCCAGAAUCCCUGAAGAUCUUAAGCACCGGGUACAAUGGAUUUCCUCCCGGAACCGAAAACACUAGCAAGAACUGGGAAAAAAGAACAAAAGAUGAUCUUGUUGUCCACGCCGAAACCAAUGCUGUGCUCCUCACAGGCCAAACUGAUCUUGAAGGUUCAAUUGCGUUUGUAACAAUGUAUCCGUGUAAAGAGUGCGCGAAAAUGCUGAUAGCGAAGGGUAUCCGCAAAGUAUACUAUCUAUCAUUUAAAGACAAAUACGAAGAGUCAAGCGCCCUCUUUGAAGCAGCCAAUGUUUGGGUCACGCCGCUGAGGCGAGGUGAGGAUGCAACACUGAAAGACUUUGAGGACGGCCUGAUCCAGAGGGUUAGAUUCAUAUUGGAACGGGUGAACCUAACGGGUGAACCGACAGGUGUCUAUAAAGCCUUGAGGGAAAAUACUGAAGAACUAAGGAGCGAGGAUCUACUAAGUCCAUGGCCGAGAGAGUUAAAGGACAAGAUCUUACUGGACAAAUGGACGCACUAUUUUCUGUUCUUGGCCCUCAUUGCUAGCACAAGAGCUUUGAAAAACCAUCAAGGAGCAAUCUUGAUAGAUUCUAAAACCUUAAAGAUAUCAGCAAUAUCGUACAACGGAUAUCCGAGAGGUGUCAACAAUGACGAGGACGAUGAUUCGAUGCAAAUGUCUGCAUUAGAAAACGCCAUUUGUCUUCGUUUAAGCGAAGGACGCGAUUUUAUCGCGUUUUCAACUCACUUCCCAAGUCUUCAUGAAGUGAAAAAUCUUGCUCAGGCCCGAGUAAAGAGGCUAUACUUUAUAUGGCCUAAGACUCCUGACGGAGAAAAUAUCAACGAAAAGGCGCUGCAGAUCAUGAAAGAUGCUGGAAUGGAAGUUGUCCCAAUGGAUGUUCCUGAUUUGGAAAAACUUGAAAAGGCCAUAAGAGAUACCACUGGGGGCCUAAAGAGGGCCGAAGAAGGAAACAAGGUUCCCUUCAGUGCUUGGCCAAGUAACCUGACCGAUUACGACUUACAACCAAAGAAACCAAACAGGCUCUAAGUCAGAUGUCCUACACCAUGUUAUAGUUGUCAAGAGCAUAUUUGGCGUAAAAUUUCCAUUAAGCUCUCUAAAACAAAUUCUUGUAUCACUUUUGGUAGAAUCCAACCUUCAUUCAAAAUGAGGAAAUAUAAAUAUUUAAAAUAGUUGAAGCAUAUAAAGGGUAGGAGGUCUUAAAGUUAAGCUCCACUCGUCGGUAGGAGUAACAAGGUCAUUGGGGUUUUAUCAACUGGGUUGACAAUGUAAAUUGGCCAUCGGAAAGAUUUUGAAAGUGCUUCUGACUCGAAAUUUUUUCCUCUUGUUUCUUGUAGUUAGAUAUCUAUAGGAAACGUUCCGAAGCUUUAAAAGUGCUGGGAAAAAUGUAAAAAGCAUUUUCUUUUUUUUUGCUUUCAAAAUACGCGCAACUUGUCUUCAAAUUUGUCUCUGAGACUGGGACUUAGUUUAUCGCCGUCGAAGUUAUUCGUGACGUCACAUUGUGUACCUUUGCCGCGAAGGUCUGUUGUCUCUAAAAGGAUUCUGCAGUACUUCGUAGUAGAUAGAUAGUGCAUUGAAAGGCAAAGAUAUUCAGUGAUUCUUAUGAUUCCUUUGAGACCGACUCUUCUGAAAGUUCCAUUGAGUUUGAAUAAUCUGGGUACAAAAUGUGACGUCAUGUGCGAUUUAGGCCGCGCGAUGACCGGGGCAAAUUUGAAGGCAAAUUGCGGGUAUUUUAAAAGAAAAAAAAUUCUUUUUAGAGUUUUACAGCACUUUUAAGG